CAGCCAGCUGCCUUCCUGGUACAAGUCAGCCCUCUUCAAUGAGCUGCACUUCCUGACGGAUGGGGGGACCAUCUGGAUGGAGGUGCCCCCAGAUUGCUGUGCUGAGGACCUGCAGGGGCCUGCAGGGGCUGGCCUGUCCCAUCUCUUCCCUUUCCUGCGGGAAUACGGAAGGUUUGCUUAUUUGGAAGGCCAGGAGUACCGGAUGUACAACACCUACGACGUUCACUUCUACGCCUCCUUUGCUCUCAUCAUGCUCUGGCCCAAGCUGCAGAUCAGCCUGCAGUAUGACAUUGGUGAGGGAGCCAGGAGACCCUGCCUUGGGGCCUGCUGGGGUCUUCAGCUGGGGAAGAGAUGAAGGAUUUGGGACAGCUCCUGCCAUAGAGACCUGUGCCAUGGAGCCGGCAUCCCUCUCCAGCUCCUCUGCUGUGCCCAGGACUUGCAGAUCCCCAGUGUUGCUGCCUCAGCAUCUCUGUGCCCAACACUGGAUGCCUUCUUGUCGUGCUGGGGGUGUACAGGUGA